AUGGCCGCAACCACCGUCGCCGCAGCCGUCAACAACGCCGCAGCCGUCAACAACGCCGCAGCCGUCAACAACAACGCCGCAGCCGUCAACAACAACGCCGCAGCCGUCAACAACAACGCCGCAGCCGUCAACAACAACGCCGCAGCCGUCAACAACGCCACAGCCGCCGCCAACAACGCCAUACAGCCGCCGCCAACAACGCCACAGCCGUCGCCAACAACGCCACAGCCGCCGCCAACAACGCCACAGCCGCCGCCAACAACGCCACAGCCGGCGCCAACAACGCCACAGCCGCCGCCAACAACGCCACAGCCGCCGCCAACAACGCCACAGCCGCCGCCAACAACGCCACAGCCGCCGCCAACAACGCCACAGCCGCCGCCAACAACGCCACAGCCGCCGCCAACAACGCCACAGCCGCCGCCAACAACGCCACAGCCGCCGCCAACAACGCCACAGCCGCCGCCAACAACGCCACACCCGCCGCCAACACAUCACCCCGUACCCGCACCAUUUUAA